AUAUUUUAUUUACACACAAUCACAUAAUUCUAUAGUUUGACAUACAUUAGUAAUUGUGCUGACUAGACAAAUUUAGAUUUUUUUUUUCUCAGCUUAUGUCUUUAAUAAUUCAUUUAUUUAAACCUGUGACACUGCAUUGUGGUUCAAGGGUUAACUCUUGGUUAUUCAACAUCAGUCCCUCACUCUGAAGAUGUUCACUCAGAGUCUUUGUGACACUUGCUUUGCUUGUCAGUAGAAAUUUCACUUGACAGCCCAUUAGCUUCAUCUAAGGGAAACUAAUGGAUCUAAGAGGGUACUUCAACAGGAUCGGGUUUACUGGACCAUAUGACAAACCUGAUCUGGAGACUUUACACACCAUCCAUAAGCUGCAUGUUAUGACCAUUCCAUUUGAGAACCUCAGCAUCCACUGUGGGGAGAAGAACACGACGGACCUGAACAUCAUCUAUGAUAAAAUAGUCAAAAGCAAACGUGGAGGCUGGUGUUGUGAAAACAACCUCUUGUUCUCAUGGGUCCUAAAGGAGAUGGGUUACAAAUACACCACACUAGGCUCCAAGGUGUUUAAUAAGUUCCAAAAUGGUUUUCACCCCGUGGACUCUCAUCUCAUCAAUAUGGUGGAGAUUGAUGGGAAGCCUUACAUUACUGACGUGAGCUAUGGAGUGUCAUGCCAACUGUGGUAUCCCUUAGAGAUGAUCUCGGGUAAAGAUCAGCCGCAGCCUCCAGGUGUGUUCCGCCUACUAAACGAUGGGAUGACGUGGGUCCUGGAGAAGUCUUCAAGAAAGCAAGUGGUUAAAGACAAGGCCUAUGCUCAUUCCAGCCUCAUUGACAGGCGUCUAACUAAGAAAAUGUAUUGCUUCCCAUUAACACCCCGUGAUAAAGAGCAUUUUGUGGAAACCCUGGAUUGCUUGCAGACCAGUCCUGAUUCUCGGUUUGUGCUGAAGUCCAUUUGCUCCCUUCAGACGCCCAACGGCUUCAGAGCUCUGAUUGGCUGGACUUACAGCGAGAUCACAUACAUCCCCGAGGAGGACUGUGACAUGGUGGAUAUGAAGGAAAUCCCUGACUGUGAAAUAGAAGCUGUGCUGAAGCAUAAGUUUAAUGUGGUGUUAGUUAAUAAGUUCACACCUAAAAACAAAAAAGCAAAUUAUUGCAUGUAAUACAGUACUACCAUGACCCAUAAGUAUUGUCAUGCAUCUCAGUGGACAAUACUUGUCACCAGAGAUGGAAAAAUUAUAAUCCAGUUCAUGCUUUAUAACUUUUAAUGACCUCAAAAACUGCAACAAAUAAUAAUAAUAAUAGUAAUAAUAAAAAAUUGAAUAAAAAGUAAAUAAAAUAAGCUUCUUUUGAAUAGCCUUUAAAGGACAAAAAUGUGUGCCAAAUGGGGUAGUUAUAGCAUCUACCAGCAGGGGCAUAGCAAAACUAUGAUCACUUGAGACAAAUUCUCAUACUUCCUUGAAUUGCCUUUUCUUUAGGAUGCAACAAACAGGUCUAACCAAUAGAAGAGUUUCUGUGAAAGAAAAGAGUUUCGGUGUGUCUCAAUACUUCUUAUUAUUUUGAAAAUAUUAUUUAACAUAGGAGUUAACCAUCACCAGUUGAUGUCAAAUAAAGUUCAGGUUAAGGUUAAGGUUAGAAUCACCCCUUUAAACCCCUAUAAUCAAAUCAAACCUUUACCUCUUCACUUACUAAUAAAGUCUGUAAAUAUUUGUCCAGGGUGCUGAUAAAACAGAACACAGAUAGCAUUGUGUGUUAAAACUGGUUACUAACAACAGGUCAGGUUAAUGUUUAAAUUCAGCAGUUUUGAGUUUGCCACAGUUAAGUAGUUUACAGGUAACAUACAGCUGACAAUUUCUCCAAAUAUUGCAAACUUGGAUUAAAAAGUGACCAAUUGUAAUGCAUCAAGUUAAUAAAUUAUAAUCUCUCUCUCAAUUAAUAACAGAAGGAAACUGCAUGUAAAGUAAAAUAAUUAUACAGAUUUUGAUUUAUAUGGGUUUAGUCAAGGCACAAUAUAUGUUUGAAAUAUAAAAUGAGAUGUAUUUUAAUUUACAUUUAAGUCAUGUCUCUUUUCUAGUUUUAUAUGUAUCUUUUGAAUUGAAGUCUUUUAUGUAAAUUUCCUUUACCUGGUGUUUUAUUUGUAUCCGAAAUGAGGAGAUGUGACCAACGGGAGUGCUGAACUCUCUCAUGCAGUGCAUGUUUCAUUCAUACUCAAAGCUAGAGGUCGCUCUCGCACAGAAAGUCCAAAAUAGACUUCUGGAAGUAAUAACUUAUGACGAGCAGGAAAACCCUUAUAUGAACCAAAGCAUCCAACUAUCGCUGUAGUUGAGCUGAAUACAAAACAGAAAUGUUACUGAUAAAACGUGAAAACAAUAAACAUGAUUGUGAAAGUAUAUGGUUCAUGUGUGUUUAUCAGGUUAUUUCCAGGUAAUAAAUAAAUAAACUAUUUGAAUAAUGCAGUACGGAUUGACAUAUCGUUUAGUAUAGAAUCUUUUAUAUACAGUACAUUUCCUUCCUUAUUCUUUGA